GGGAUUUAUUAUGUUUGUGGGGAAGUGAAAAUCCUCAUUAUAAUAACUUCUCACAAAUGUAAUAAAAAAAAUGAAUAAUGGUCGUGGUUGUUGUUUUUUUGUUUGCCUAUACGUCUACUAAUACUGACCGUGGCUGCAAAAUCCAGCUGCUGACUCUUCUGCUGUCACAGAACUGAUCCCCCUCACCUUGUUUUAAUAUCUUUGGGGCGUGUGUGUGGUCUCUCUCUUUCUCACCGCUGUCCAUGGUUCUGAACCACAGAAGCCCUGACCUGCGCAUCACUACCCAUCAGGUCUACUGAUUUUUCCCCCCUCCAUUCAAAAAUGUGAAUGUCAUUUGUUACAUGACUUUUCCUGUGUUUGGAUUUUAAUUUAGAAUAGGGUUUUUUAUAAACUACACAAAAAUAAUUUGAAAAACAAAAUGUAAUAUGUUUUACCUAUUUCGACCAUUAAGCGGUCAUAUUGAUCACACGUCAUUUCCCGGGGUUUCAUUGUUACAUUUUCUGCACUUCUUUGAGUAUUUACUUGUAAGUUAAUUAUUAUAUAGUUGUAUUGUAUAACCUGGUUGGUACCAUGGGGAAACACAAACUGGAGUUCGCCCUUCCGUAAAACGGCGGAGCUGUUCAACACCAAGGUGCUGAAGUGAUGCGACUCUGACUGUGUAGCAGGGAAAGCCAAGGAAGAAUGUCUGCAUCCUGAGCACCGUGCACGUGGGCACCUUUCGUAGGGCGAAAGCAAAUCUCUAGCCCCAUUCACACUGCCGUUUGCAUGCGGGGAUCCUGCGCCAAUUCUCCACACCGUCCUCUGUGUGAAAGUUUCAGAGAGGGCGGAAAUUUCGCUGAUCUGCCUCUGGAUGUAGUAUCAGGGCCGCAUCAUUGGUAAACCGCCCCAGUGUGAACGAAGGCGCGGAGCGAGGGGUGUCGGUCUGACAGCCUAAUAGCUGCACAGGUCCUUCACUCAACUACAGAGAAAUGUCCCACAAAAGUAACUAACUGUUAUUGUCUUUGUGUGGAAAGAAAUACUAUAGCUGUAUGUGGAGAAGCGUCCGUCCUCCCGUCCCACCGACUCCUCGUUACAUGUCUGCCGGAAAACACCUUCUGUAACCGGCAGAAAACUUCAACUCGCCGAGUGUUUGUGAUGAAAAUAAAUCACCGCGACUGUCAGUCUUCCCGACUGAGUCUUCAGGGAACUUUCCCACAGAAAACAGCCUCCAUCCCGUGAAUGAGAGAGUCAGACAGCAUCCUGUUUAUUGAUGGUGAUUAUGUAAUUUAGCGCGAAGGGAGGGCGUACUCCGUCAAAGGAGGUACGGAAGAUGGUCAGUGUCUUCUUUAACAUCCUCGACCUGGCUGGGAUCAAUGUCCGCAUCUUAUUCAAGGAGCACCAGCAGCAGGAGAACCCGGAGGAAAGUCCUGCAGCAGCUGACAGACGAGCUGAGGGCCGAACAGUCGGCACAAGGUGGGCAGCAGCGGACCCAACCACCGCAGCAGCAGCAGAAACGGACACUGAGGCAGUGCCGGUCCGAAAGAGUUGCAAAGAAAACAAAACGCUGGAAACUUGAAAUGCCACAAGUGGUAACUGUGCGAGGGGUAUAAAUGUAGGACUACAUUUUGGUGUUAUUUCGUUUUUUAAAAAAAAUAAUAAAUCAUGAGACAAUGAAUGCAUUCAUCAUUCAAUUGAGUAUUUACAUGAGAGAUUAAAUAGAGUUUAAAUCUAGCGGUCCAAAUGACUGCUCACUGCCGUUGUAUAGUAAUGUUGAAUUCCGGCUCUUCGGAGGUCCAACUGAGGUCCAAUCAGAAACAUAUCACUUGACCGGAUCCAACUGUAGGGUUGUGGAAAGCACACUGUUAUGCCUUAACCAAGAUAUCGAUCAUUAAGAUUAAUUGGAUCAGAUCUGACUGGAAUGAACCCGCCAUAGUGGCUGGUUAACUGAUUAAAUCAACCCGCCAGCACACAAAUUCACUUGUGGGUUGCGGGUGAUAAUUUCCCUCUCUGGUGUGCCUGUGUGAUGACUGUCGCUAUGGCAAAUCCCAGAACCCCUUACAAAUCGAGUAAUUUUAAGGGUUGUUGCAUCAGGAGGAGAAACCUCAUAAAAAUGUUGAAACGCCUAUGACACAUUUUAAAUCAUUUGUGCCUUCUUUUGAAUUUGGCAUUAAGUAGCAUGCGUUACGAUUUUUGUUUCAUUGUGAAAGUGUCAGUUAGUUUGCAACAUGGCAACAUGGCUCAAUUUUGAAACUUGUUUCUUUAGUAGAAACUGUAUAUACGUUGUGAAAUGCAGUGUACAGCACAUUCCUUACUGUUUGGACACGGUAGUUCAUUCGGCAAACGUUUUACCACUUGCUCUAUGAGAUAUUGCAGGGUUUCGGGAUCGCUUUCAGAGGUUCAACACCAGAAUUUCCGAGUAUCCCUUGAACACCACACUCAAACUUUGUCAGAGCAGCCGGACCGGACGUUGCUUCAGUCGCCGUAUGCUGUCUGUCAGAUAUAGAGGACAUUCAUCGACUGCUGGGUUUUUGCCUGAGGCAGGACUGAGCUGUUUGUUGACAGAGGUCCAAUACGCACUGUUGAUGAUGAGGUCGUUGUGUAUUGCAGUAUUCAGAACCAGGUCAGGUAGAUAUGGUUUCUUUGAUCCACACUCCAGAACAGCCAAAGGUUUGCCUGUAUCCCUGGGUUCGGUCAUGGCUGGUACAGCUGUCAUGCUGACAUUCCCACAUCUCAGUGACAUGAUUGACAGGCUCAUGAAGCAACACAAGAUGAUGGACACACAUUCCUCCUCUACAUAUGAAUUGAAGCCUGUGGUGUUUUACAGUUUGAACACAACAAACCUGAGUAAUGCCAUACAAGACACACACAGUCCUCCAACAGCUCAGACUGCUGCUCCAUCAGCUGCUGUGCUGGAUGAUGCUCAUCAGAGGGAGUCAAGCCGGAGUGCUCCAAGGUUAACCGCUGUUGUUACUGAUGGCUGCAAUAAGACUGUACAUGAAGUGUGCACUGACAUGGAGACUGAACCAGAGCCAUUGAACCGAUUCACUUUAAAUUCUGACACAUCACAUGAUGUUCCUGAUAAUGAAUCAAAUUCUCCUGCUCCAAUAAUUGCUACAGUGGUGAAUGAUAGUGCCUUACAUGACAUAUCCCAUAAACUAUUGAAACUUAGCAGGCAGGCAAAAAGAAAAUAUAAGAGGAGACUUUUGUGCUCUGGAAAGGUAUCUCAAAGAAAGGAGAAUCAAAAGAGGAAAGAAAAGAAAAAGUAUGCUUCUGAGAAAACUUUCAGAGGAAAGAAAAAAUCAUAUGCAAACAGGCAAUAUUCUGAUAAAGAACUCAGGCAAAGAAAACAAGAACAUUUCAGAAACUGUUAUCGAACAAAACCUGAAUUACGCCAAAAGAAGAGAAAUUAUAUAACAACUGCAUAUAGACAAAAUCUGUCAUUCAGACAGAAACAAAAAAAAUACAUUACAAGCAAGUACAGGCAGAAUUCUCAUUUCAGAGAAAAACAAAAAAGAUACAUGACAAGCAAGUACAGGCAGAAUUCUCAUUUCAGAGAAAAACAUAGACAACUAAUGAGACAACAAAUGCGUGACAGGCGUAACAAUAAUCUUAUAUAUAGGAGUAUGCAUAAGAUGAGAUGUGCAAUGAAAAUAGCAAGGAAAUAUAGACAAAUACAUAGACAAGCACAUGAGAGUGACAGAGAGGCUGAAAACCCUUUGAUCACUGCGGCCAUAUCUGUUUUCAGAUCACAAAUAAAGGCUGGUCCCACUUUUUGUUGCACUGUGUGUCAUAAGGCUUCAUUUCCAAACCAAGUCCAACGCUGUACAAGGUCAAAUUAUGUAAAAAAUCCAGAUGUGGUUAAAGCAUGCCUGACUGGAAAGUAUGUUCAUAUUUGUGACGAUAACUGCAGAAAUGAACAGUGCAAAGUGCCUGAUGAGCGAAAGACAGAGUGGAUUUGUCAUACCUGCCAUAAUCAUCUUAAAAAAGGAGCCAUGCCUAGCCUUGCUGUAGCCAACAACUUGGAGCUUGCUGACAUUCCAUCUGAACUGUGUGAUCUCAACAUAUUGGAAAGACAUCUAAUCGCCAAGUGCAUAACAUUUGCAAAAAUUAUUCCUCUUCCUAAAGGACGACAGCAGUGUAUUCGAGGGAAUGUUGUCUGUGUUCCAUCUCAGAUUGAGGGAACUGUUAACGCUCUGCCAAGACUGAGAAGUGAGUCUCAGGUCCUGAGAGUUAAACUGAAGAGGCGUUUGUGUUACAGAGGCCAUCAGCUGUUCCAGACUGUUACCUGGUCUAAACUGGUGCAAGCACUGAAUAAACUGACACAGAUUCAUCCAGAGUAUAAAGACAUUACUAUCAGAGAUGAGGCUGAGCUGUGUGACCCAACACUUCCUGAUGAGGAAGAUGAUGAUGAUUGUGAUGAUGUUAAUGUGACCAUGGAGGAUGUUGAUCAUGAUGAAGAUGAUUUAAUGGAAAUUGACAUGUGUGAGAGAAAUGCACUGUGUGAGGCAGAAAAUGGUCCUGAAAAUGAAGUGGAUGGCAAUGAAAAGAUAAUUUGUGAUGAGAGACAACCAGAGGAGCAGAAUGAUGAUCCAGAACAAGAAGAAGGAAAUAGUCCAGUCAGCUUUUUCAAAACUCCUAAACUUGAGGCCAUGGCUUUCCCUGUUCAGUUCCCCACUGAUGACAACUCAGUGAAAAUGAGUCGCCCCAUGUCAGAUCUGCAAAACACAACAUCAGAAAGUGUACAUGUGUGGAUGACAUCUUUGACAGACAAGUACAAAGCUAGGCCUGAAACACCCGAGUUUGAGAAGAUGUGUAUGGCAGACUUUGCCUCAACUUGCAGACUUGUUUAUGGCCAACAGACCAAAGGUAAAAAGGUUUUUCCUCUGCUCAAUGAUAUGGGAUAUGUUCAAAAGAGAGAAACUGAUAAGCCUGCUGUCAUCAGAUUUCACCGCACAUCGCAGGAAAAACAUCCCGAACAGUUUUAUGGCACAUUACUGAAACUGUACGUUCCUUACCGAUCAGACGAUGAGCUGAAACCUCAAUUUUUAUCCACGUACGAGUCAUUCUAUGAAAGAGGCUGUGUACAACUACCAGGUGCUAACCGUCCAGAGUCUGUCAAACGAAUUGUGAAGCAAAACAGAGAAAAAUAUGAAAAAAACAGUGAAGAAAUUGAAAGUGCAAUAGAGGAGUUUGAACAGAACAGAGGUGUGAUUGAUGAAUGGUGUAAUCUGGCACCUGAAUCUGAAGUAGUGAGGUUGGAGUGUAUUGAAGAACUGGAAGCAAGAGCGCCAGAUCAUGAAAAUGUACAGGAGGAUGUCCCUGAAUAUGCAAAGCAGGCUAACACUGCAACAGAAGCCAGAGCCAUCAGAGAACCCACUGCAGUUGACCCCACACUCUUACGUCAAAUGUAUCAGAGUCUGAAUCACAAACAGACAUGUGUGUUCCAUGCAGUCAGAGACUGGUGCAUAAAGCGUGUUUGUGGCCAUGAUCCUGAGCAAUUCUUCUUUUACAUUAAUGGUGGUGCUGGAACAGGAAAGUCACAUCUCAUAAAAUGCAUCUACUCAGAAGCAUCUAAGAUACUGUGCAAACUGCCGAGACGUGCUGAGGAGGCUGACAUAUCAAACCCCACUGUCCUGUUGACUGCUUUCACUGGAACCGCAGCCUUUAAUAUAUCAGGUUCAACACUGCACUCUCUGCUCAAGCUGCCCAGAAGCCUAAAACCUCCAUUUCAAGGACUUGGUAAUAAACUGGAUGAGGUCAGAUCAGAUCUGUUAAAUGCUGAAAUCAUCGUCAUUGAUGAAGUGUCCAUGGUGUCAAAGCCACUUUUUGCAUAUGUUGAUGCCAGACUGAAACAGAUUAAAGGCAGUCAAAAACCAUUUGGAGGGAUGUCAGUUAUUGCUGUUGGAGAUUUCUAUCAGCUACCACCAGUGAGACACAGUAAACCUCUCUGCGUCCAAGAGCCUUUACAAAUAGACCUGUGGAGACAUUUUAAGAUGGUCACACUGACUGAGAUCAUGCGGCAGAAAGAUGAUGUGGUCUUUGCAGAGAUGCUGAACAGGAUCCGUGUGAAAGACAAGUCAGAUGAGUUGUCAGAAGCAGAUAGAGCUAUGCUGUCACAGACCAUCACUGAACCAGCACUUGUCCGACUGAUGCCUUGCACAUUUUUGCAACAAACAAACAAGUAA